UUCUAGAUAAAUCUUAGACGUAGAAAAUAUUAUCAAAGUGUUAAUACCAAACUUUAUUGACAUUCAAGGGAUAUUUGACUAAGAUGUGGCCGACUUGAUUUGACCUCUGACGUCACUCCGCACGAAAUUCCUGUCCCGCCAUCUUUAUUGCCUCGUGCAUGGAAAGGUAGCUGCGCCUUUUGUUUAUAACAAGAAAAAUACAAUAAAAAGCCAGAAAGAUGAAUCAAGAAAAGUUAAAUAGAAUGCAGAAGAUGUCAGAGCAAGUCCGUAUAGGAGGAAAGGGCAGCGCUCGUAGGAAAAGAAAGGUUGUCCACAGGACGGCCACCACUGAUGACAAGAAACUGCAGUCCAGUCUGAAGAAACUGACAGUCAACAACAUCCCAGGAAUAGAGGAGGUGAACAUGAUAAGGGAUGAUGGUACUGUUGUCCACUUCAACAACCCUAAGGUCCAGGCCUCACUCGCUGCCAAUACCUUCGCCAUCACCGGCCACGCUGAAAACAAACAGUUGACAGAAAUGUUGCCAGGCAUUUUGAACCAGCUGGGAGCUGACAGUCUGCACCAACUGCCACUGCUGGUGAGGACGAUGAUGUGCCUGAACUGGUGGCCAACUUUGACGAACCCUCCAAGGGAGAGGGAGUCUAGAACAGGACCAAGACUGCACUGCGCCACGCCCACCCAACCAACCACCCCUGCAUCUCAACCUUGGGCACCCCUCCUUAUGAUCAGUUUCCUCCUCCUGUGCUUUGUGCAAUGCUGAUAAAUUGAUGUUUUGUUUUGUUUCUUACACAAGUCGUGAUAUAUCUAAACUUCGCACUUGUCAUUUACCUGCACAUCACAAAAAGGUUUGAAGGUUUUUUAUUAUCAGAAGGGAAAAAUUUCAGUGCAUUGUCAAUCCUAUGUAUAUGUUAACCAGACUUAAAACAUUGUAGAAAAUGAUGUGUUGUGGCCUCUGAGGAACAUUACUUUUACAUUAGACAGUAGGGUUGAUGGCUUGGUGUCAGUAAGGAUAUUGUCUAAGUUGUGUUAAUGUUGUCUUCUCGAAUGUUGUCCUGUCAUUCAGGAUGACAACAAUAAGGGUGACCUGUUUCAUAUGGCAUUUCUUUUUCUGUACCCCUAUUACUCGCAAAAUAUAAUGUAACAAGGCAGUGAAAAAAACAACUUUGUGCUUUCAGAAUUAUGACUAAAACAAAAUCAAGCAGAUGAUGUAUGUCCUCUACAAAGUUUAUGGUUUGCAAAUAAAAACUAAUUACGGAUGGAGCA